AUGGUUCCGAUUGGUGGUUCGGUGUCGAGAGAAACGGUUAAAAGGGACUGCGACCUGAAGAAAAGUAUCAGUCAACGUUCAGUUCACAUCCGAGCAAGUUGUCCAACACUAUUUCCAACAUUCAAAAUGACAGGACGAGGCAAAGGAGGAAAAGGUCUGGGAAAAGGAGGCGCGAAACGUCAUCGUAAAGUGCUCCGUGAUAACAUCCAGGGAAUCACCAAGCCCGCUAUCCGUCGGUUGGCUCGCCGAGGCGGUGUUAAACGUAUUUCCGGUUUGAUCUACGAAGAGACCCGCGGAGUUCUGAAGGUAUUCCUGGAAAACGUGAUCCGUGACGCAGUCACAUACACCGAGCACGCCAAGAGGAAGACCGUCACCGCCAUGGACGUCGUGUACGCUCUCAAACGACAAGGUCGUACUCUGUACGGUUUCGGAGGUUAAAUACUUGCUUCUGAAGUUUAAAAACAUCUUAAAAAGGCCCUUUUCAGGGCCACCAUAUGACCAUAGUAUAUCGUUUAUAAAACCUUAGAAUAAAAGAAAACAUUCCGUUCAAGUUGGUUAUAUUCGGUGGCGACAAUGAUAAUUCCCAAUUUGUUUAAGAAAACACGCGGAAUAACGUUCCGAAUAUAAUAGAUUAUCCAUAAUAUUGUUCUUUGAACGUUUUUCCAUGAUUACAAUUGAAAUACUACCCUAAGUCAAAACAUAGAAAUAACCGUUACGUUGGUAACCGUAAUCUUGUUAUGAUAUUAUUGCGGGACUUUGAAUUCAAUAUUACAAAAAAAGCUUCAAGAAAUAUAUUUUUCGAGUCAAUCAUUGCUUCUUCCAGCCCAGGAUAAUGUUGUAAUAUUAAUUGCUUAAUCGAGUUCUAAAGCUAUUAUUCUAAUGAUAUUAUCGAAUAAAUUGCUGCCUGGUUUGGUUUGGUGAUCAGUUGAUUAUUUUUUGUGAAUUCCAGUGGUGAUUUACUAUUUCACUACGUCAUUCGUUACGUGAACCUACCAUGAAUAAGCCACGAGGUUUUUGUUUAAUGAUUUAUUUUUAGAAUGUUUUUUUUUUUCGAAUUUCAUUGUAUACAUUAUAAUUGUUAUAUAUUGCAAGAAACAUCGGUUCCCAUAAUAUGAUAGAGUAACCAUGAUGACCAUGUAUAAUAGUAUAGGUACUAUAAACACGAUAGAUAUUCAUAUUAUUAAUAGCCGUUGUGCGGGUAUUACCGUCGAUAACAAACAAUUUGGUAAAAACAUUCUAAAAAUAACUCACCAAUGAAAAACCUCAUAGAAUGAUAUUGAGAAUACUGGCAAAAAGGGUGUCCAAAAACGUAGAAAAUGUAAAUUAUUGUUGUAAGAACUAAAAUUCAGAAAAUUAGUUUCUAUAGAAAUACCGGGACGGGGAAUAAUAAUAAUAUCUCGGCGUAAUUAAAUGUCAUUAUAAGUUAAAUCAUUGAUGCGGUUAUAAAUAAAAUUUCAUUUGGGAAAUUCUUAAUUAUAAUCCAUGGUUUUAUUUUAACUAAUUACAACGAAACUUCGAAUUAAAAUAUUAAUUGAGGGCAUUGCGUGAAUUUUUUCAUGUACUUUAUCACUUGUAAGACGGAGACAACAAUUAAUGCGUGUACGUACAGGCCACGACGUUGCGCAGGUGAACUGUAAACAAUUCACGUUCAUUUUUUUACUUUUUUUUUUUUACUUUUCGUCUAUCCAGAUAUAACGCGAUGAGACUCCUGAACACUUAUUUGCAGUUGUUAAUACGAUUACUUGUCUUGAGGUCGAUCAGCACACGUUUUAAGAUUAUUUAUUUAUUUUAUUUGAAUUUUAAAAAUUUUGGAAAAUAUUAAAUAUUUAAACAAAAUCGAUAGGAGUUUAGGAACGAGAAAAUGUGUUGUUAUCGAUCUCAAGUAAA